CUGUUUCUACUCAUAAAAUUCUCCAUUAUGUUCUUUGUUCCAAACUAAAAUACAUAAAGAAGAUCAAAUUGUAAUCUACACAGAUCCUCAUUUUUCCAAUUCAAAUCAAUCAAAUUCACAAAGAUCUAAUCCUCCUAAGGCCUCUCCCUUACCUUUUUUUUCUUAUUUUCUUCCUUGAAAAGGCGCCAACACAUCCUCCUCCUCCUGCAUGGCGGCUUCCGAUAUUUCGUCGGUUCUUCCCAGAGUUCUGAUCGUCUCCCGGCGAGCUGUUCGUAAGAACAAGUUCGUUGAUUUUGUGGGGGAAUAUCAUUUAGAUCUCAUUGUUAACUAUGGAGCGGUCCCUGUGAUCGUUCCACGAGUGAGCGGAGUCCACAUGUUAUUACAAAGCUUCGAACCUGUUCAUGGCGUUCUCCUCUGCGAAGGAGAGGACGUCGAUCCAUCCCAUUACGAUGCACAAUUCUCUGUUUUCACACCCGAAGAACUCGAAGAAGUCAGGAAAAUUCAUGCCAGCGAUACAGCCAUUGACAGGGAAAAGGACACAAUUGAACUAAGACUCGCUAAACUCUGUCUCGAAAGGAACAUACCGUAUUUGGGUAUUUGCAGGGGAUCCCAAGUUCUUAACGUGGCUUCUGGAGGCACAUUGUACCAGGAUGUGGAGAAAGAACUAAUGAAGAAAUCCGGAGAUGGGUUCAAAAGGGUGGUGCAUAUGGACUACGAAAAUUACGAUGGGCACAGGCAUGGAGUCAAGGUUGUGAAGGACACACCACUGCAUCAAUGGUUCAAGGAUUCCUUGGACGAAGAGGAAAUGGAAAUCAUGGUAAAUAGUUACCACCACCAAGGUGUGAAAAAAUUGGCACACAGAUUUGUGCCGAUGGGUUUUGCUGCAGAUGGUUUGAUUGAGGGGUUCUACGAUCCUGAUGCUUAUAAUCCUGAAGAGGGAAAAUUCAUCAUGGGUCUCCAGUUUCAUCCAGAGCGAAUGAGGGAUCAGGAUUCAGAAAAAUUUGAUUAUCCUGGAUGCCCAGCUGCAUAUCAGGAGUUUGUGAGGGCAGUGACUGCUUAUGAGAAAAAGCUCAGCAGCUCAACUUGUGUUGCGAAGCCUCUUAAGCUAAACCAGGAAAUGGAGAAGAAAAGAACAAUCAUAAGCCAAUCCGGACAUGAAACUGAGGUGGAAAUUGGAGCCAAGUAUCUGGAGGCAAAUAUUGCGUUGAGUUUGCAGCAGGAGAAGAGGCUGAAGCAAAUGGGAGCUACAGUGAGGAAUGCUUUCAUACAUGAGAAGAUUGAGGAUGAAUGAAGAGAAGGAGAGGAUUGCCAGGGUGCUAAUGGAGAAAAUGCCAGUAGGAAAGCUGUGGGAAUUGAUGUCGUUUCACACCAUGAUGAGUCAAAUUUGUUCGAAGGCGAUGGAGAGAGAACUUCAAGACCUUAUUAUUGAGAAGGAAGUCGAGCACUAAGAAGGAAAGACAGACUACAAAAGGCUUAUUUAUUU